CUACUCGUCACUUUCACUAACUCGUUUUCAAAUUGUCUCGUUAAUUUUCUUAGCUGUCAACUUCAAAGUAAAUUCCUUCUUUUGUAAGGUCGCAAGUGUUGACGGCGGUAGCGACUGCUUUUGCGUUUGCAAGUACACAAUAACAACACAAUGGGCGAUUUAGACGAUUUCUUUGCCAAAAAGGACAAAAAAAAAUCCAAGGCCAAGCCAAAGUUUCUAACAGCAGAAGAGCUGGUCAAGAAUUUGGAACGCGAAGCAGCUAUAACCAAGCCAAAAAAGUUGGAACCAGCCAACCCUGCACCGACCAUUGCACCGAGUGACAUUGAGGAAGUGAAACCUAAGCAGGUAGUGGAAGAGCCAGCCGAAGAAGAAUGGGAUGAUUUCGAGCAAGAGCAGCGUAAAGAUUACACUGGUCUUAAAAUUGGCCAACUAACCAUUGACGAUGAAGAGGAGGAGAGUCCAGCUGAGGGUGAAGAAGAUGAAGUGGAUAGUGAUGGCAAUAUAAAUGUCGAAACAAAUACCUCGAAACGUAGUGGCGGUGGACCGUGGAAAAAGGUUAUACCAGCCGAGGAAGUAACUCAAAUCCCGAUGGAAAUGGAGAAACCCACUUCAAAACUUUACAUUUCACCUGCCCUACGAGCAGCUCAAGCGGGAGCUGCGCCGGGUCCGCGCUUGAAGCCGCGCAAUCGUGCAGCGCCUGAUAUAACGAAUGCAGAGUACUUCCCUUCGUUGAGUGCCGCCCGGCCCGAAGAGCAACGAAAAAAGAAAAACGAGCCAGCUUUUGAGGAGGUUCGACAUGGUGGCCGAGUGCAGCGCAUUCAUGAUCAAACUGCGGCGCCUGUUUCCGUGGCCAAUUAUUUCCAGUCGCUGGACGAGGACGAUAGCUAGAAAGCGGAAGGCCGCAACUCACUCUAUUUGGAUUCUUUUUUCCUUUUUCUUUUCUUAAAAAAAAAAGAGGAAGUCUGUAUUGUAUGUGUUGUACGCUUCGUAUCUAUACCAAUUUGUUUUUUUUUUUUUUUUGUAAUCUUCAGAACAUUUUAUUUUCGCACUUUUUAUACUUUGCUAACUGGUGUGCAGAAUUGUGGUACCUGACGCGGCCGCCACUUUUCAUAAUUGUUCGGGAACUGCCGCUUCACAAUAGAAAUUAUAUUCAAAUAGUGGUAGGGACAGAGAUUAGCUUCCGAAAAACAUGAAAUUCAUUUUAUGAUUAAAUGAGAACAGAAAAUAAAAUAUAUAAUGAAGUCAACUGCUAAAACAAAAAC